AUGGAUAAAUAUCUAAUAGAAAUAUUCGAUUUAGAAGCCAAUGUGAACGACAUAACUCCAAUUGAUAAGUUUAAAUUGUAUCGUGACUUUGAUCGAUUUAUCAAUGCGUUGAAAGAAUACGCAUCGAAAAAUGAGUUAACCAAUAUUGAGCAGUUUUAUUUUGAUUUCGAAACUGAUCCCCGCCGUGAAUUUUUCCAUCGAUUAGAACAAACAUAUUUUGACAAUUACUUUCUUUCGAUUUAUUUUAUUUUGUCUAAUCCAGUGCUGAUCACAAAACCAACAUUCGCCAAUCUUUAUCGUGACAAACAUUACCUACCUAUUAUCACUGAUUAUAUUAUCAACUUGUAUCAAACGCUUGAUUCAAACACUUCUCGAUUUUACAAUAAAAUACUUCUGGAAAAAUUCAUUUCCAAUCUUGAUUUCACUCCAUUAUCGGAUGACGUUACUUCAUCUGAAUAUAAAACAUACUUUCAAUUAUUUGCUCAAGAAACGUCCCGACUGAAAUCUUAUUUAACUGAAUUGGUCAAAGAUCCAAAAUGGUCCACACAUCCCGCUCAAGGCUUAUCGGAAUUCGAUCCGAAAUAUUACCAAUUUGCUUUUCAAUAUCACACUGGUUUAAGAUUGAAAUCUUCGGAUAAUUUCAUGAAAAUUAAGCAAUGGGCACAGAAACAUCUAGAUUAUCUUAUGAAUGAAGUUAAUCGAACAUGUGAUCGUCUACUAACAAACGAUUCCGAUAAAACAAAAUCACUUCCUGAAAAAAUGAGACUUGUUGGCGAACAUCCAAGUCAACGUUGGUCAUCAAAACAAGAGAUCAUCGAUACAUACCAGCUCUGUCUAUCAAAAUAUCGACGAAUUUUUAUUGCUCAAAACCAGUUCAAAGAGUUCAACCCUCCGCACAUUACUAUUUUGGAUAAUCCUCUGCUAGCAGGUGGUUAUUACUACAAGGAUAACUUUUAUCUCAAUGUUUCGGGUUGGUCAGAAGGAAAUUAUCGAUAUGAAGUCGAGAACUUGACUUUACAUGAAACAAUUCCCGGACAUCAUAUGCAACUUGAUAUUUCUUAUCAUUCACCAAAUCAUAAUUAUUUAACGGCAAUUGCAGAAGCACCAUGCAACGGAUUUGUAGAAGGAUGGGGUUUAUUCGCUGAACAUUUAGGUGAUUCAAUGUUCGAUGAUCCGUGGGUUUAUUUUGGUUAUUUGCAAAUGAAUAUUUUACGAACAUUUCGAAUCAUUGCCGAAGUUCUCUUACACGUUGAAGGACAAGCUCCGGAUGAAGUUAUUCAGUUGGCAAAACAGUACUUAACCGCCAGUGAAGCAAGUAUCACUGCAGAAAUCUACCGGUAUCGAAUUCUUCCUGGUCAAGCAUGUUCGUACAAAAUCGGCUUAGAAAUCUUUAAACGGGCUAUCAGAGACAAAUUCCAAGUCACUGAGGUCAAAGACUUUCUUAGAUCGGAUCUGUUAGCAUGGUACAAAGAUGUUUUAUGGCAAACAGAACGACCGCUCGAUGUUUUCCUGCUCGAAAAUCAAAUAACAUGGACAUUUGACUAG